AAGAACAAAUUAAGUUAUACUUGAAUAUGUUCUGAUUUAUGAACAUAAUAUAAGCAGUUGUGAAUUAAUGGGAGUAGAAUUGAAAAAAUCGGGAUCCUAAUUUUCCAUCUGGAAAAUGGACGAGAAUGAAGCCAAGACACUUAUAUUUUUAAUUUGGAAUGACAGAUUGUCCCGAACGUCGAUUUUAGUUAUUAUAAUAUUGUGUCUGUUUAUGUCUGUAAUGGAAUUAAAAGCAUGGUGUGGAGUGUGCGGCAGUGGUAAGUGUAAUCGACAUCGUGCUGGCCCUAGUUCACAUACCCGGCAGCCAUGGAUUGGUCUAGAAGUCCCAGAUGAGAUUGAUGAAGCUAUUGAAGAUUUCCUGAACAAGACCUUGAAGGAGUUUGUAUAUUCAUGGUAUAACAAUCUGUCACCUGAUGAGAGUUUUGUACUGGAACUAAGGCAAAGCAUUCGUUAUGCUGCCAGCGUGUUACUUCGCAGAGGAUUACAGGUAGAUUUGGCUUAUGUUAUUAUAAACAAGUUAGUCCCAGCUGGGUUGAGUCACUUAGAUGAUUAUCUGGGUGUUCUGCGGCUGUCCAGUAGACAGCAAAUUCCCUUGGAUAAGGCUGCUGUUCAGUAUCUAGGUCCCCGUCUCCAUCCUGCUGCUAGAAAUCGAGACAACGAACUAUCGUAUCUGCGACAGCUCACUGCUUUGUUGCUUCCGCAGCUACUGCCAUCCAGCCAGUUACACUGCAGGAACUUCAGUGUACUGAUUCGAGAGUUGCUGAGUGGUUGGAUACUCCUCCCAAUAACAGAUGUUUUAGCAGAUCCUGCAGUUGUGAACAGCUUGCUUUUGCUUCUCUUGGAUAACUACACACUUUCACAGUAUCCUAAUCGGCCUCCCACAAGAGUUGAGUUCUUAGCACGGUUUGUUUCAUCUGUUCCUGUUUCUCAUGGUUCUGCCCUGAGACUGGAUCUUUCAAGUGUACUGAAAGACCAGUCUUUGCUAUAUCCUUUCAUGCAGUUUCUGAAGGUAGAGGGCUGUGUAAACAUCUUGCAGUUCUGUUUAGAUGUUGAAGAAUUCAAUCGCAAGAUGUUGACACCAGAUGUGAAUAAGCAGGACCUUGAAAAUCUGUAUAAGGAAGCUUGGGAUCUGUUCUCAGUGUAUUUCAGCCUGGAGUCCCCUGACAGGAUUCACUUCUCACAGCAGGUUGUCACUGAGAUGCAUGCAGUAUUGCAGGAGCCAGCUGAGAACAUUGUAAAACUUCGUACUACACCGCCAUUGUUUCAAGCCUAUGAGUAUGCCUACAGUCUCCUGGAAAACUCGCUUUGCCCCCUGUUUCAUGAAAGCGAUGAUUAUUACACCUUACUGUGUGGACAGAGGCUGCCCAGUGGGUAUAAUAAAAGUGGAUCAAGUUCUCCUAUGCUGCAAGGAUCUCCUGCUAAAGGAAGGUCAAUGAAGAAAUGGAGUGACGGAGGGGCAGUGGCUCGCCUCAGCAGUCGACUGCACAAGAUCAAGGGAGCACUGCGAACACAGCCUGUGGAGGGACAUGUAUAUGACACUGAUUCAGCAUUAGAUUUGGGCGAGACGGAAUACGCUGAGGAUCUUCACUUGUCUGACUCAUCAGAAUCUUACAGAGACCUGAGUGCUUGGAGAGUAUCAAUUCCAUGUGUCGAUACUCGCCAGGAUGUGAACAAUAAACCGUAUCCAGUGUUUAACAUUGACGUUCAGCGAAUUGAUGUGAAGUCUGAAGAGGAUCCUGAAUCAUACCACUGGACAGUUGAUCGUCGCUACCAUGACUUCUACACUUUAGAGUCAAAACUGACUGAGUUUCAUGGAGUGUUUCCUGACACCCAGUUGCCUCCAAAGCGCAUUCUCUUUGGCCCACGUGGUAUUGAGUUUAUGGAAUCUAAACGACAGGUGUUUGAAGAAUUUGUGCAGCGUCUCCUUCAGAAGCCUACUCUUCGAGGAAGUGAUCUCUUGCAUUCAUUCCUGCGUUCUCCAGGAGAAUUUGUUCCUGCAGGCCCUGGGGGCAUUGCAGGAGCUAUGCCUGAGGGUUUAGGCCGCAUAAUUCGACGUUCUGUUCCACUACGACUAAGAAAGGAGAGAGGACAGCAUCUUGAUACAUUUCUGAAUGCAUUUGUAGCCUCAACCGAGGGCAGCAAAACAAAGACUAGCAAGUAUGAAUGGAAAGAUAUGAAUGUGGAGUCCCCAAGAAGAGUCCGUUGCCUCACCAAGUCAGUAUUCCAGAACAACUUUGGUGUGGCAAGCAACCAGCCCCUGUUUGCUCUUUCUACCAGCAGAUCACCUUCCAGCAGCAGUCUGCCUGUGCAGGGGGUGUUUGAUUGCCUUCUUUAUCUUGCUGUGCGUGUGUUCGGAGCACCACAGACUGUUGUGAGGGUGGCCAUGGCAAUCCGAGCGGUGGCACACAACACUGUGAAUGCACUUUUUGGUUUCUAUUUGGAUCGCAAAUUGAGGAAACUUCUCAUUGCUCCAAGACUUGCCCAUCUUGUGAGAUUACUGCAAGGUGCUGUUUUCCAACCUAAAGGAUCAGCUCCAUCACCAGCAGAGCUGGAAUUACGAGGUUCUCGAGCUCUAGCUCAGCUGCAGACAUUGGUUCCUAAUUACGUUGCUCGCUGGGCUGGACCAGCAUAUCAAGCAGGCCUACUAACACUCUUCAGUGCACUGCAGUCUCCUGCACUGAAUAAGCAGUUGGUUUACACAUUGUUGGAUGUCGUGGCAGCAGAAUUAUAUCCAGACCUGGCAACUGGUGAAAUAUCACCACAGUAAAGUAACUAUAGCAUCACCAACUGGCAACCAGUGAAGUAUCACCACAGUGACUAGUGCCACUAAUGAUGAUGAUGAUAGUAAUAAUAAUGAGAUUGAUUAGAAAUAUGUUAUUAGAUCUUAUAAUAUUCCUAUGUAUUUGUUGCUGUUUCAUGUACCUUCUUAAUCUGAUGACAGUUAUUAUUAUUAUUAUUAUUAUUAUUAAAUUAUAUAUAUUUGUUGUAGAAUGUAUAUAUUUUUCCCCUUUAAAUGUUUCUUCUGUGUAAUAAAGUGCCAAAAGAA